UUGUGGUGUCGGUGUGGCAUUUAAUAAUGUUCAUCGAAUUUCGUCUAUUUUACAUGGGAGUAUUACUUUUUGUUGUGAUUUGAAAUUAAUGAAAACAAACAUUAUAGUAGAAAGUUUUUAUAUGUUUCAAUAACGUUUAAAAUGGAGCAGGGGAUCGAUGAUUAUUUUAGAACCGUAUGCAGCGCAUGUUUAAGUUCCGAUCGCGAUAUAAUAACUAUAAAUUCAUCAUCUCAUCUUUAUCAAAUUUUCCGUCUACUACUUUGUGACAACGCGGGAGAUCGGAUUGAUGAUGCACUAUGCCCUAUGGAAAUAGCUCUUUGCUGGGAGUGCCAUGCCAUCUUGCUGAAAUGUGCAAAGUUCAGGAAAAAAGUGCAAAAUGCCCAAGAGCAUCUCCGAGUGUUGGCACUGAGUCAGUCUCAAGAGAGCCUGGACCACACUUACAUGUCACAAUCGCUCUCGACCCUUGAGUGUGUUAUAAAAAGGGACUAUGACCGUCUAUAUAUUGACUACACUGGUCAAACCGAAUCACAAUGGGUCCAGCCAUAUAUAACGAUCACAACACCGCAGGCAGUUAAAAACGAAGAUUUCGAUGUGAGCCUCAGAGAUCAUAUAAGUCUCGCUAUUGAUGAAAGGAUAUCGCAGGUACCAGAAUUGGAUAUAAAGAAUCCAUUAACAGGCGAAAUAACCCACAUAGUCGUCGGUACGGACGCGCUCGUGUCGUCGGCGGAUUUCUCUAACUUGGUCAAGGGCGAGUCGGCCGAGUUCGCUGUGGACACAAACUCAACUCAAUUGAUAGUCACGGACCUGAAUAAGAGAUCGGAGAACGUUGUCACAGAUAAUAAAUGCGGCUAUGACAUUGAAUAUAUGCUCGAAGGGGACAUGUUGGCGUGUAGAGAGGAAUUGAAAAAGAAGGUCACCUACGCGAACGCAGUGUAUAAAUGCGAAUUAUGCAUCAUGGAGUUUUAUCUACAGCAACAAGUGGAGGACCACUUCAUCGCCGCUCACAGAGCGCGCCCGAACGCGACCGCGUGCAAGAUAUGCUACGUGUACGUGGACGACGACAAGCUGCAGGAGCACACGGACGGGCACUACACGCGCUACACGUGCAGGAUGUGCGGCCGCGCCGAGCUCAGCGAGCGGCUUGUCAUGCUGCAUGUGCAAACGCACUUGGCCAAGAAGCGGCGAAAGAAGAAAAACAACGACGAGGAAACGCAGCCGAAGCCGGGCGACUUGCGCAAGCUGUUAUCGAAAACUACUAUAGUGGGAUAUAAGUGCUUGGAGUGCGAUAUGUUCUUCAAAAACUGCCGCGCGAGGAAGAACCAUGUUGCCAGAUUCCACAGAGAGGGCUUGCAGUGUGACCAUUGUAAAAAAAGAUUUGUCAAUAAAACAACACUGGCGACACAUUUGAAUCAUGUGCCUAAUUCUCAUCUAUUUCUCAUACCCCUAAAUGAUAAGAGUCAGAACAGAGGCAGAACAGCAUUUGCCAGUCAGCUAAUAUCAGUAUACAUGUUUUACAGGUAUCCAUGUCCCAUGUGCAAUAAAGGGUAUCCGACUAGAGAGGCGAUGCAGGACCACUUCAACUACCAGCAUCUGGGCAAGACCACGCACAAGUGCCCCAUAUGCAAUAAGCCGAUAGCCUCGAAGGCGAACGUGGAGAAACAUAUAAUGAGAGUGCAUCGUGAGAAAAAGGAAAAGCCGAAAAAUCACAUUUGCAAUCAGUGCGGGAAGGGGUUCUCUGACCGGAAAGCUCUGAACCAACACGCGGCGAUACAUUCCGGCGAGAGGCCGCUGUCAUGCGAUAUAUGCGCGCAGACAUUCAAACAAAAAGCGUCCCUCUAUACACAUAAGAAGAGGGUGCACAAGAUCCUGCCCCCCCGGAAGGUAGUCGAGUUCAUGGAGAAGGGGGAGGGGGUGAAUACUUAGAAUCAAAAAAAUAAAUAAACAUUCUUUAUUUGCAUCAAGAAUUAUGGUAAUUGUAUAUGUGUUUGUUUGUCUCUCACAUCGCAACGGAGCGAUUGUGUGAUAUGAUACUUGUGUCUGGUGAUAGUUUGUUAGGAGGCUAGAGAGUUAGGUUGCUUUUGACGACCCGGGCAAAGCCGCGGGCGAAACGCUAGCUGUAUGCUGCAUUUUGCGUCGGCGUGUCGGCUUUUUCGUUUUAAUUAAGCGCAAAACACUCACUAUUUGUAUCGCUGUGUGGAUUUUUACAUCGAAAUAAUGACACUAUUAAAUCUAUAUUCAUUUAAAGAUAGAUAUGAACACUGUAUGCGCCUCGUAAAAUAGGUUUUUAAAGUGUAUUUUUCAAUAAUAUCGAUUAGUUUUUAUUGUUAAUUAAAUUAUUAAUCAUCAUUUUUUGAAAAUUCGUCAACAAAUCAAUCAAU